AUGGCAUUAGAAAAAGUGUUCCUAUUGGAAAGAGCUAUUGCAUUAAGACAAGCAAGAGCUCAAAAUAAUAUAUUAGCUAUGUCUGUUGUUUCUUCAGGUUCUAGUGCUAGAAUUUCAAAUACAUCAGGUUUAACAUCAGUAUCACAUAAUAUGAAACGAACCAAACAAACAAAUAUAUCCUUAAAUACUUACUUUGUUGUUCGUCAAUUAUCACCUACUGAGCAGAAUAAAUUUCAUCGUCGACUUCUUUGUAUAAUAGUCGAAAAUAGUCUCUCAUUUCGGUUUACUGGAACCAGAACUUUUCAUGAGUUUGUUGCUUUCUUUAAUACCACUGUUAAGAUUCUGAAUCGACAAAUGUUGAGCAAAAGAAUUCUUAAAGAAUAUGCCAAAAAAUUAGAAAGUUCUCAAGUUUCUGCUCUUUUAGAAACACAAGAACUAGUUACUAUUAUGUUUGAUGGGUAG